UGUGCGCAUGCGCUUUGGGUUUAUUUAUGAGUUCCCUGGUCCAAAGGUUAAGCAAAACUAAACUUUCCCGUGAAAUCACGCACGAUUUGAAUUUGCAUGGAAAAUGUCCACAAAUGCAGCGACGCUUAUGAGCUUUAACGACAACUUUUUGAGAGAAGACAGCGACGUGACCCAACUUUCCGGACUUUGAAUCCAGCAUGUCCCCUCAAGUGCGCCUCCGUCUUCUUCCGAGCGCCCGCUGCCUUUUUGACGAGGCAAUCCAGGUAAAGGUGGGCGGUCUGAGGUCCAGGCAGGUGGUCACUCUGAGGGCCAGCGCUACCGACGAGCGGGGGGUGGUCUUCCGAUCGGCGGCCAUCUAUCGAGCGGAUGAUGGUGGGGAGCUGGACCUGUGCCGGGAUGCCGCCCUGUGUGGCACCUAUAAGGGGGUGGAGCCCAUGGGCCUGCUGUGGUCUAUGCGUGCAGCUGUCCCCCACAAGUAUUUUCAUUGGACUAAGGCGCUGAGUCCUCAUGUGGUCAAGUUCUCGGUGCACGAUGGCGUGGAUGUGGAGGAGGAGGAGCGGGGAGGCGCCCUAGCAGAGGCCACCAACGAGAGGGUCCUCUUGGGGGAGGGCGUCACGCGGGAGGUUGUCGUCCUCGGGAAGUGUAGCGCAGUGUUGUUCACACCGCCAGGUGACGGUCCGUUCCCGGGCGUGCUGGAUUUGUCCACUUUUGCGUCCGAGAAGCGAGGCAGCCUGUUGUCCCACAAAGGCUUCGUGGUCCUGACCGUGCCCGUCAUCUACGACAAGGCUACCAACAACAAGCACCUGGAACUGGACUACUUAGAGGACGCUUUGCGCUUCUUACAGCAGCACCCCAAGGUGGGCAGUGACGGGCUGGGCGUGAUCGGACGUUCCAAAGCGGGCGAUGUCGCCUUGUCCUUGGCAUCCUUCGUGCCCGGCGUGCACGCGGUGGUCUGGAUCAACGCCUGCAGCGCCAACAUCGGAGCCCCUCUCCACUACCGGGGUCGACAGGUCCUCUCUUCUUUGAUCUUGGACCUGACCAAGAUCAUACCCACUUCUGACGGCGCCAACAUCGUCAAAUUUGGCGCUGGGGACCCCGACGCAGAAGAGAACCGGACCAGCCGGAUCCCCGUGGAGAACGCCAGCGCCCACUUCCUCUUCCUGGCUGCCGAAGAUGACCUCAACUAUGACUGCCGGGCCUAUAUGGAGAGCAUGGCGGCUCGACUCAGACGUGCCGGGAAUGAGAACGUGGAAACUGUGUGCUUCCCGCGGGCCGGGCACCUCCUGGAGCCGCCCUACGGUCCCCACUGCCCCUCGGGUCUGCACGGGUUCCUGCGCAUUCCCAUCCUGUGGGGCGGCGAGCCCCGGUCCCACGCUCGUGCCGAGGUGCUCGCCUGGAGGAAGGUGGAGGAUUUCUUCCGACAGCAGCUGAGCUGCCGACCCCCCAACACCAAAGCCAAGUUGUAAACUUAGACUACACUAAAUCGUCCUCAAAUUAUUCAUGGUCAUUGAAGGAAUCAUAUUCGAUGAUAACGCGCAUUUUCAACUGUGUUUUUUUUUUGUGUGUGAUCAUAAUUCACCUCUUAUAUUUUAUUGUAUUAGUAGGAGAUUUAAAUCUUUUUACAAUUAAAUAUUAGUAGCGACUGCAAACGGCAUACAAAAUUGAAUGCAAGCUUGGAACAUUUGUUCGAGGAAAAUGACUUCUGUUAAGAUUCCAAUUUUUUUUUUCUCGCUUGAUCAUCAUUACUUGGCAUGUUUUCUUUUCUGAAAAAGAUAAAACUUAAUCAUGCAACAUUACAACUUUAUUCUUAAGAAACAUCUGAUUUUAUGCUCCUAAGAUGAGAACUUUGUCAGAAAAAAAUCAUGAA